AUGUUAUUAACUGAACAAAUUGCCAAUAAUACCAAUAAUAUCAACUCUAUUUCUACUUUGGAUGGUGAUGUUGGAGUUACUUUGAUGUUUCCAGAAAAAAUUACGGGUGAUACUAAUUCAAUUUUAGUAACCGAUAACAGUAAUAUGGAUGGAAAGGUUGAUUUAAUUACAACAACAUCAAAUGAGCCAAGUGAUACAAAUUCAACUGGUCAUUCAACUGGCCACUCAACUGGUCACUCAACUGGUCAUUCUACUCCUGAUUUGUAUGAUACAAACUUUCCUAGUCUUUCAUCAACUGCUUCAACUACCACUUCUUCCUCUCCUUUUCCUACAACUAUUAAUUAUAGUAGCAUUGUUAAUAGUAACACUAACGGUGUUAGUAACGGUGUUAGUAACGGGGUUCAAGUCUAUUCUUCCACAAAAAAAAAAUCAAUCCCUGCUAUUACCGCCACCAAUGACACCACAUCUACGGCAGAAAUUAUUAGACGGGUGAUGGAGAAAACAAAUACAAAAAUAAAAGUUGACCCUGCUUCAAAAAGUUCUAUCGUGACUUUUUUAAUUGAGGGAAAAGAUAAAGAUGUUGCUAAUGCAAAACACAUUUUAACUGAUAAACUUGGUCUUAAAGAUAAAAUUACUAUUCAAGUGCCUGCAUCAGCCCGUUCUCAUUUAUUAGGACCUCAUGGUACAACCAUAAAAUCAAUUACCAAUUCAACUGGUGCACGCAUCACGUUGCCGCCACGUCCUAACAACACAAAAAAGGAAGUGGAAAAGUCUGAAUUGGAUUUCGAUGAGGAUGAGGAAAUGAUGGAUGUGACAAUUUUUGGUGAGAUGUGUGCUGUUUGUAAAGCAAAAGUUGAAAUUCAAGACAUUGUAAAAUCUAUGGGUGCAACUAAAAGAACACAUUAUAUUAGACACAUUGAAAAUAAAUUUUACCCAUUGAUUGCUGGUGCACAUAAUAAACGUAUUAAUCAAAUUAGUAUUGAUACUAAUACAAAAAUUCAUGUACCUUUUUACAACUCUGCCAACCCAAACAACACAUUAACCGAUACAAAAAAAAAUUGUAUUGCUAUUACUGGUGAAAAAAAUUCAAUUAAGAUUGCAAGUGAUGUGAUUGAGGAUCUUUAUGAAGAUUUGAAAAUUAAUACACAUACUCUUAAUGUUGACAUUCCAAAACGUCAACAUAGAUAUCUAAUCGGCCCAAAGGGUGCUAAUCUUCAAGAAAUACUUGAAACAACAGGUUGUACACUAGAAUUACCACCAGCAACUGAUCAAUCAGUGAAAGUGAUAAUUUAUGGACCACAAAGUCAAUUAGCAGGUGCCUUACAAACUGUAAUCAAAAAAGCAAACUCUAUACAUGUUCAACUGCUUGAUAUUACUGACCUUCAUCAGACAGAAAAUCUGAUGAAACAUUCUAUUAAUGUUUUGAAAUAUUUAUGGAAUAGAGGCAAAUUGAAGAAAAUUGAAUCAGAAACUGGUGUACAAAUUGUCACUCCAAAGAUCGCAUCAUCAUCAGAAACGGAAAUGAAAAAUUUGGUUAUGGAGUUUGUGGGUAAAGUACCUGAAGAUGUGGAAAAUGCUAGAAAAGAAGUCACCGAAAUAAUCAAAAAUUUGCCUCCUAAUUAUUUUGAUGUGGUAAUGAUUAAUCAACAAUUUCAUCGGCAUGUAAUUGGUCGUAAAGGGCAAAAUUUACAACGAGUCAAAGAUGCUUACGGUGUUGAAAUAAUAGUUCCUGAUGAGAAAGAAGCCAAUCCCGAGAUAUUGAUAAUUUUUGAGGGUAGAAAAGACGACAAGGAAUUUUCCGAUAGAAAGAAAAAAGAACUUCAUAUUAUGGAAAUAAUGGAAAAAGUGAAAAAUGAAUUGUUAAAAGUGGAACGUGAUUCGUCAUCAGAUUUUUCUGUUAGAACAUUAACUGUUCCUGUAAAGCAUCAUCGGCAUAUUAUUGGACCUAAAGGAAGUACUUUGAAUACAAUUAUUUAUAAUGGCAGUAGUAAUGGUGGUGGUGCAUAUUCGCCUGUUUCAGUAAAAUUUGGUUCGUCUAAAUCAUCAGGUGUAAGUGAUCGAUCAUCAUCAUCAAACACACAACAAAUUUCAGAUAAUUCUAUUAUGGUUAAAGGACCUGCUAAAGAAGUUGAAAGAAUUGUCAAAGAAAUUAAUGAAAAAGGAGAAGAUGCUAAACGUAUUGAGAAUAUGAAAUCAUUUACAGCAGAAUUUACAAUUCCAGCAAUCUACUCCUCGCAUAUUAUUGGUAAGGGAGGAAGCAAAAUAAAAUUCAUCAGAGACAAUUACAAUGUUAGGAUAGAUAUAGAUGAUAAGCAUGUUGACAAAAGCAACAACGGUAAGGAAGAAGACGAAAUUGUCAACGUCAAAAUAGUCGGGAUGAAAGUUUACGUUGAAGAGGCUAGGAAUCGAAUUCUAGACAUAAUUGACAAAUUACAUGGAGAAAGUGUUGUUCGUGUGAAUAUUCCACCGCAGUAUCAUGCAUCAUUGAUUGGUGCAAAAGGUAAAGGCGUUAGAAAUCUAGAAGUGAAACAUGGUGUACGUAUUAAAUUUCCAAAGAAUAAUAAUUCCAAAGAUCAUUCUACCACCACUACUAGUAUUAGUAGUGAAAUUGAUGAAAGUGGUUGUACUGUAGGUGAAGAAGAGUGCGGAGAAUUUAUAAAAGGUGGGAGUAGUGGUAAUAGUAUAGAAGAAGAAUGUAAAAGGGAAAGAGAAGAUGAAGAUUUCGAUCCAGAUGUACAAAAACCUUACGAAGUAUUAAUAACUGGUGGUAAAAGAGGAACCAGUGAGGCUAGAUCGGAAUUAUUGGAUCUUUUACAUUAUACAAAAGAUCAUGAUGAUGUUCUCAGUUUCACUAUUCCGGCCAAAUGUCUGCCACAUAUUGUUGGCAGGAAAGGAAAAAGAAUCCAAGAGAUCAGGACUGACACAUUUACAAAGAUCGAUAUUAGCAAUCCAAUAACCUUGAAUGAUGAUGAUGAUAGGCUAUAUGAGAAAGUUGUCAGAGUAAAUGUGCGUGGUAAUAAAAUGGAUAAUAUCAAGGCACAGAAUAAGAUUUUGGAGAUUGUUAAAGAAUUUGAAGAACAAGCAACAAUCACUAUGAAUAUUAAUCCUAAACAUCACAAGUUUUUGAUUGGACCUGGCGGUAAUCGUAUUAAAGAGAUUAUAGCAAAAGCUGGUGGACCAGAGGAUAGGAGUGCCCAGGCUGGGAUUGUCAAGUUUCCUCGACUUGACGAUAAUGGUUGUAAUAAUGAUGAGGUUGUUAUUAAAGGAAAUAAAGAACUCACGAAAAAAAUUAAAGAAGAAUUUGAAAUUUUAAUCAAAGAACAAGAUAAUUUAAUAGUUGAUACUAUUAAGGUUCCCAGGGAUCAACAUUCAGUUAUUAUAGGCAGGAAUGGAUCCCAACUCCGUAAUAUUCAAAAUAAAUUUAAUGUCGAGCUUUAUUUUCCUGGUUCACAUUUAUAUAAUCAAAUAAUAGUGACACAGAAAAAAGAAAAAGAAAAGCAUCAGGAUGAAUUGUUGUUGAUAGAUAGUAAUGAUUUAGUAAAAAUAAUUGGAAAAGUUGAAAACAUUAAAUUUGCCAAAGAAGAAAUAUUAUCAAAACUUCAAUAUGAAGAUGUGUUUAAAUUUCCAUGUAAAUUCUAUAGUAUAAUCAAUAAUAAUGGAUUGACAUCAAGGAAAUUAAGAAACGAGUACCAUGUAAUAAUUGAACAUCAAGCAGAUGAGAGGAAACAGAUUUCAACAAUCAUCAAUAGAAAACCAAUUUUCAAAAAAUCUACUAAAUGUAUCAUUGAUGAAUUCAAUGUGAAUAAAUUUGGUUUUAAAAUUAUUGACAAUGAUGGCGGUGAGGAGGUGGUGGUGGAGGAUAUGAUGGUGGAGGAUAUGAUGGUGGUGGAGGAUAUGAUGGUGGUGGAGGAUAUGAUGGUGGUGGAGGAUAUGAUGGUGGUGGAGGAUAUGAUGGUGGAAGAGGUGAUGGUGGAAGAGGUGAUGGUGGAAGAGGUGAUGGUGGAAGAGGUGAUGGUGGAAGAGGUGAUGGUGGAAGAGAUGGAAUCAGGAAUUGGAAAUAGAAUCGAAAAUGAGAGAGAAUAUUUUUUGAAUGAAAUUUCUUGGACGCUCAAAGGUGUAAAAGGACAAGUUAAUCAAGCUGUAAAAUAUUUAAAUGAAUUAUUAGAACAAGCGAUUAAUACAUGUACCGGAUAUCUAUCAAUUCCUCAAACAUAUCAUCGACAUAUUAUUGGGCGUGGAGGAUUAACUAUUUCACAUAUUAGAACAGAGAGUCAAUGUAAGAUUGACGUGCCUAAAGUUAACGGUGAUGAUACAAUUGUAAUCAUUGGUAGCAAAGAGAAUAUUGUAGUGGCUAAAAAUAUGAUAUUUGAAAUAUUGAUUAACUUGAGAAAAGAACAGAAUAGUAGAAGAUAUUAA